GGAGCAAAAUCCAGAGUCGUGGCCCCCUCAGUGAUGCAGAUGUGCCAUGGCCGGAAAAUGAAAGCCGGAUUGUCCUUCCUGACUUCCACAUUCCAAUCGGGGAAUCUCAAUCCCUGCUACUGCAACUUCCUCUCCUCUUCCACAAAUCCUUCCCUUUCCCUCCCUUCCACACUCCGAUCGAUCACUUUCUUCGGUAAUCCUCCUGCUUUGAGGAACAGAAGCAACUAUAACAACUGUAAUACGAAGCAAAUCCACGCGGCCUCUACAAUAAUGGCUUCUGCUUACAAACCUGAGCAAGCUAGGGUUCCUCCUGCGGUUCCAAUGGCUACUUCUCCCGUAACCAAGUUCAAGAUUGGUCUUUGUCAGUUGUUAGUGACUGCGGACAAGGAAAGGAACAUCGCUCAUGCUCGCAAAGCAAUUGAGGAGGCUGCUGGAAAGGGUGCUCAGCUUGUUCUUUUGCCUGAAAUAUGGAACAGCCCAUAUUCAAAUGAUAGCUUUCCAGUAUAUGCUGAAGAUAUUGACGCUGGAGGGGAUGCAUCUCCUUCAACUGCAAUGUUGUCUGAAGUUGCUCGGACUCUGAAGAUCACCUUAGUUGGUGGCUCUAUACCAGAACGUUGUGGUGAUAAGCUGUACAAUACCUGCUGUGUAUUUGGUGCGGAUGGGAAACUGAAGGCUAAACAUCGAAAGAUACAUCUUUUUGACAUUGAUAUUCCGGGGAAGAUUACAUUUAUUGAAUCAAAGACUCUCACAGCUGGGGAGACCCCUACUGUCGUGGAUACAGAUGUUGGGCGUAUUGCCAUUGGUAUUUGUUAUGAUAUUCGUUUCCAGGAGCUAGCUGUGUUGUAUGCAUCAAGAGGUGCUAACUUGAUAUGCUAUCCGGGGGCAUUUAACAUGACCACUGGUCCAUUGCAUUGGGAGUUGUUGCAGAGGACAAGGGCUAUGGAUAAUCAGUUAUAUGUCGCAACCUGUUCACCUGCUCGAGAUCCUGGUGCUGGUUAUAUCGCAUGGGGUCAUUCUACCCUUGUUGGGCCUUUUGGAGAAGUACUUGCUACUACCGAGCAUGACGAGGCCAUUGUUGUUGCAGAGAUAGAUUAUUCAGCAAUUGAGCUCAGAAGAACAAGCCUUCCCCUAGAAAAGCAGAGACGAGGAGAUCUGUACCAAUUAGUAGAUGUUCAAAGGCUGAAUUCGCAAUCAACCAAGUAAGCAUGGGAAGGAUUGUGGAAAGACAUUGGCUUGGCUUGGCUUGGCUUGGCUUGUGGAGAUGUAACAAUUUGAAAAUAAUGAGGAUGGUGUCAAGCAUUUGACUUUUUGUUUGUUGGGAAAUCUUUAAGUUGGGCUAUUUUCGAAUAACUGCAUCAUUUAUAGAACAACAGCUUGCAGCAAUCAUUUCCCGACAUGUAUGGACUCCAGAAAUUGUUGAAAGUUCACACAUCAUUACAUACCUUUAACAGUUGGCUA